UCUUAUUAUAUUUAAAGUUUACCACGCUAUUUAAAUAAAAUCGCACGAGCUAACAGCGAAAAACGUUAAGGCCUCCCACCCAUCGACAGCUUAUAGAAACAGCCGUUCGCAUUCACGUGGACGGAAGGGAUUCUAAGGAAUAAAAAUAGUGCUAAGCUACCCUUUUUUUUAUCUCGGCUUGCUUUGCACCUCAUAUUUGGCUUUAGUCAUUAUACUGGUUUUUUUCCAUACUUAGAUUUAUUCGUAUGCCUGAAACUAAAAAAAAGGUCAUUAUACCUUCAGUACAAUGCUUUGGGCGCAAGAAAACGGCAACAGCCGUAGCCUAUUGCAAAAAGGGUCGCGGUUUAAUGAAAGUUAACGGCACCCCCAUUGAUCUCCUUGAACCUGAAAUUUUACGAAUUAAAGUUUUAGAACCUAUUAUUCUAUUAGGUAAAGAUAAGUUUGCUUCUGUUGAUAUGAGGAUUCGCGUGAGUGGAGGCGGUUCUGUGUCUAGAAUUUACGCUAUACGUCAGGCCAUAUCGAAAGCCAUUGUAGCCUAUCAUCAGAAAUACGUUGAUGAAAGCAUUAAGAAUACCAUGAAGACUAUGCUUAUAAAUUACGAUCGAUCUUUAUUGGUAGCUGAUCCACGCCGCUGCGAACCUAAAAAAUUCGGUGGACCGGGCGCUCGCGCUCGCUAUCAGAAGUCCUAUCGAUGAUUAUAUAUUUGCGUUGUGGUUAAUUUUAGUUUUUUUAUAAUAAAGAACGA